AUGUCUCAACAACAACAACGUUCAGUCUUUGUUGUAUCAUGGACCACUUUGCUCUCACUGCUCACUUCCCUUCUUUUUGUGUGGUAUUUGAUUCAUACUCAACAAUUAUCAGAAUUUGUUCAAGAUACUCAAAAUAAGAUAUGGAAGAGUAUCCUGUUCACACCAACAACAACACAUCAACAACAACAACAACAACGAGAGGAAUUUUUCAAUGUUUAUAAUUUCACAGUGAUCGAUUCGGAGGGUCAUCCAAUUGCUCUCAACUCUUCACAAUAUCUCAACAAGGUAUUACUCAUUGUGAAUGUUGCUUCUCAAUGUGGAUUCACUCCUCAAUAUGAAUCUCUUCAACGUUUAUAUGAAAAAUAUGGACCACAAAACAACAACAAUGGAAGAUUUGAAAUUCUUGCAUUUCCUUGUAAUCAAUUUGGAUAUCAAGAACCUGCUCCUAUUAGAGAUGUGUGCGAAUUUGCUACUUCCAAGUAUCAUAUCACGUUUAAACUAUUUAAUAAGGUGAAUGUGAAUGGAAAAGAUACCAUUCCAUUGUAUCGAUACUUGAAAGAACAAGCACCAGGAUUUAUUAGUAAUGGAAUUAAAUGGAAUUUCACUAAAUUUUUAGUGAAUUCUAAGGGACAAGUGGUUGGAAGAUAUUCUCCAAUUACAAACCCAGAAUCAUUAUCACCUAUUAUUGAGAGAUUAUUAAAUGAAUAG